AUGAAGUGUAUUGUACUGUUGGCGAUGGCCUUGGUCGGCUGCGCCGUCGCGCAGAGCGCGGUGCCCAACGAUGGUCGCUACUACCCGGAGUACUACGAGACCAAGUGGGACGAUGGACGCUGGCGCCCGGACCGUCGCGGCAGCUGGAACGACGGCUCGUACAAGGCGGGUGGAGCCGGUAAGCAGGGCGGCUCGGGCGGUUCCGGAGGGUUCGGUGGUGCCGGCGGCAAGGGUGGUGCCGGUGGCGCGGGAGGAUUCGGUGGUGCCGGUGGCGCGGGAGGUUUCGGUGCUGGCGGUGCUGGUGGAGCCGGCGGUGCUGGUGGACUCGGUGCCACCGGUAGCCGGUUUGGCGCCGGAGGAGCCGGAGGUGCCGGAGGAGCCGGAGGAUUCGGUGCCGAUAAUUCGCUCGCUGGAGGAUUCGGUGGGGCCGGUGGUGCUGGUGCUGAUGGAUUCGGAGGUGGUGCCGGAGGUGCAGGCGGUUUCGGUGCAGGCGGUUUCGGUGCUGGCGGUGCUGGUGGUGCUGGCGGUGCUGGUGGUCUGCGAGGAUCGGGAUCGGGCGGUUCGGGCGGCUCCGGAAAGGGUGGUGCCCACGGCGGCAGCGGUGCCGACGGUGACUACGUGAAGAUCAAGGAGCAGGUGAAACAGUUCAACGAGGACGGAUACUACUACAAGUACGCCGGUGAGAACGACAUCGAGGUCGCCGAGGAGGGCACGUUCGAGAACCGUGGCACCGACGACGAAGCCCUGAGCGCCAAGGGAUACUACGAGUACACGGGCGACGAUGGCGAGCAUUACCGCGUCGACUACGUCGCCGACAAGGACGGAUUCCGGCCGACCGGCAAGCACCUGCACCCGGUGCCGGAAGCCAUCGCGCGUUCCCUGGAGUACAUCCAGAGCCAGCAGCGGAAGUAA